CGAUAUUUCGAGCAUGGCGUCCACGAGCAGAUGAUCGUAACCGAGACAUAAGUAGAUUCGCGAAUUGGCGACGUCUUGUUGUUCUUUUGUGUCAUCAGAAUUUUUGCGAUUGCCUGAAUUUUUCAUCGUGAAAAAAUGGCUGAAGGCGAGGAGAAGCUUACUGGUUUAGCGAAACAUUUCAACAGCCAGACCAUGUAUGGUCGAGCGAACGUGUCGAAGGCGACGUACCUUGCUAUAGGAACGAUCGCUUUGUUCUUCUACCUGAAGCCGAAGAGCAAAAAGACGUAAUUCGUGAAUGAGGCCGUAGUUACAUUACAUUAUGUAAUACGAUACACAUUGUGUCGUAUAUCACCUUUAAAUUCUUCAAAUAAAUAGUUAACUGAUCUUUUGUA